GCUCGUGAUGGUUUACGCGUCAGAAGUUAUUUAAAUUUAAAACACUGUAGUUUUAGUUUGUCGGCUUGUCUCCUCACUUGGUUGCCACAACUGAGGCGGUGCUUGGCAUCUGAGUCGUAGGUGGAGAAAAGCUGCCAGGACAGGAAUUUUUACUGCACUCCCCUUUAGGCGGCUGUUGUCCUCCUGCAGGGGCAUUUUAAACCUCCGGGGAGGCCUGUUAGGACGGACAUGGCCGACACUUUGAGGAGACUUACCAAUACAGCUUCUUUCAGCGUCUUACAAAACAAGCUCGAGAGCUGGCACAGAGACUACCAUGUGAAUUCCUGUGACCACAAUCUAAAUAGAUGUUGUGAGCUGAUUGAACUAACCGCCAAGAUCCAGGGUCAACUGUUCGCCAUCCUUAACCUCACAGCUGCUGAAGGUGGACAUUAUGCUGGAGUGGACACUCUCAAAUCACGCCUGCUGCCGUGGCUUGGAACUUGUUUCUCAAUGGCGAGGCCCUCGGUCACUGAUGACACCAGUCUGCAGCUCAUCCAGGAUUCAGUGGAAAAGGACAGAAGGAUCAGGGAUCUCUCUGUCUCCCAUGACAGUGACAUGCAGAAGAAGGACACCCAGCUGUGCUCCACUCGCCUGCAGUUGGACUCCAUCAGAGCAGAAUUGGUUGAUACUCAGGAGCAACUGGAUGACACAAAGAGCAAAUCAGCAACCACUCUGCUGGCGACUGAAGAAGAAAUAUUGCAACUGAAAGCAGAUUUGCGGUCAGCACGUGAGCAUGUGGAGAUUUAUAAGAGGAAGCUGGAGGCUUUUGAUGACUAUGAGCGGCAGAUUCGCUUGCUGAGAGAUGAAGUGUCCUACUUGAGCACAGACAAGGCCAUGCUGCAAGAGAGGUUGGUGAGGAGUCGUUCUCCGAGCCCCUUGCCAAGGCUCAGUCGCUCUUCCAGCCCCAUGAGGAGUGAGUCGCCCACCAGAGCUCAGCUCACCAACUCCUCGCGCUACGCACGCCUUGUAUCACGCUUCAAUGACCUGUAUGCUGUGGAGCGGCUGGAGGCACAGAUCUUGCUUCGACGCCAUAUUGUUGACUUAGAGAUGGUCCAGAAAAUCAUCUUCAUUGCUGUUGUGGAAUCCUUUAAGACUGCAAAACUGGCUUACCGUCAUUUCAAACUGCGUGUGAGAAAGACUUUGUCCCCACACUUUGAGCUGGAAAGUCUGGAGGAUGCAGCUGUGGACUACAUUGUCAGAAACCUGGACCUCUAUGACAUUCAGGCCAGCAUCAAUGAUGUGAUCAAUGCCAUGAAUGUGAACCCUCGGAUCUCUUUUCCGCCAGAGGUGGACUUUGUCCUCAUCAGCACCUUGAUCAGGGAGACGUGCAGGGUGGCGUUUGCCAUGCAGACACUGGACCCCCCGCUUGACUUUGCCUUUGCCAGUGAUGGAGAACUUUACGAUGACAGCAAGUACCGUCGUAGCUACGACUCCGAGUUAACUGCUCCUCUGGUGAUGUACCACGUGUGGCCAGCCUUGUUGGAAGGACUUGCUGUGGUGGUGAAGGGCGAGGCUGUGUCUCGAAGGGGUGCUCUGUGGAGCAGAAGCAGGAGCUCCAGCCCCGUGCGCUCUCGCUCUCUCAGCCCAACUCGCAGUCUUGCAUUUCUUAGCAAAAGAAGCCUGUCUCCUGAACGUCUCACAGCCAGCCGCCUGUGAACUCCGGCCUUUCUUUCAAACCGGACAGUAAUUUACACAUGUGCUUGAAAUAACGUUUGAGGCGUAUCUAUCUGUAUGGUUACACGUGUGCUUCCACCAAAUAAAGCAUUGGAAUCCUUAAAUACUGUACAACCCAAAGGCUGCUCAGAGUUUACAUUGUUUGAGGGCAGUUUAAUGGGACGCUUAUUUGAGUUCAGUACAUUAUCGAUAAAGCAAAAAUAGUGUCGCAGCUAACUGAGCAAUUGUCUUAGUUGACUAUAUUUACUCUGAGAUAGAUAAUACUAACAGUAUUAAUGUGCUUAUCAAAAUUUAAAAGGUAUUUUUCAGGGGAAAACUAGACCUGCACAGUAGACCUUUCUACAGAAACUAUAUAGUGGCAAUAUGGGGUGGCAGAAGCUCAAUCCGUUGGGACUUGGCUUGAAUUCCCCAAACGGACCACCUGUGGAGUGUUGACUGGUAUUUUGAGAGGUACAAGUUCACCUCCUGAUGGGCACUGCCAAGGUGUCCUUGAGCAAGACACCGGACCCCUACUGGAUGUGGAGGUCCGGUGGAAAUGGAAGAUUCAAAAUCCUCCAUUUCCUUUUCCAUAUAUUUAGCCGUUACUCCUCUUAACCUUUGACCAAAAAUCUUGGUAGCAGAAUUGUCUAUGCGUAUUGUUUGACAUGUGGUGCUAAUGAUCAGCGCUUUAACUCCUCCAGUACUUGAGUGGUCGUUGAGAGUUUUUUAUUUCUCAUUUUUGUCUUUUGGUGCUGUUUUGUAUUACUGGACAUUUAUUUGAGAUGAAGUAAAACAUUUAAACAAUUCGGUUUAAAAACAUUUAACAUAGCACGAUAUGUUUAUGACAUGAAAAACUGAAGAUGGUUUAAGUUUAAAAUAUAUGUUUUAAAUCAGAUUUUUCCAUAGUGUUAGUUAUUGUGUACAAGAAUAGGAUCA